UGCGAUUAAUAUUAGGUAAUUUUGCUAUAAAGAAAUAGUUGACCUAUUUUCUUUCAUACUGACGACCCCUCAGGUAUUGUAAUCUUCCACUACUACAAUAAAUACACACACUUUGUGUAGUACGUGAAGAGAAGAAAGAAAAUUUGUCAAUGGGAUGAAAAUGUGUGUGUAAAUUUAGCAUUUCUGGCGCGGCAUUGGCACUGGAAUGAUAUACUAUGUAAAAUAAAAUACAACAAGACGUGUGUGAUGUGCAGUGACGGUGUUAAGUGUCGUAAUUCUCGCAGAUAGCAGUUGCAUUUGAGGGUAAAUAGGCAAGACCCACUGUAGUUGUGAAAGUUGGAAUUUCAUACUCGGAUUGAAAUUUCCUUGGUCUGUAUUUGAUGCCAGGAUUAAUUAGCUUUAUAUGAGGAAGGAUUUUGCAGUUGUUGCAACCGACUCACAUGACGACAGACAUGCUGAAAUUUUUGACCAAAAAGUUGAAAUCCCAAAGUUUGAGUGAGGGUCAAACUGAAUUUGAUCCUGAGGAUGCUGAUGAUGAAGAAAGAGAUUCAGGUACCGAGUCGGACGAGAACUUUGACGAUGAUAACCCAUAUGGAUCUGAUACAAGCCUGAAUGACCUUACAAACAAAGACAAAGAAAAUACAGCGGAAGGCCUGCCUUCAGACAAAUCUGGCACAAAAACACAUGAAAUAAGUGAACAUAAUUUUGACACUGUAAGUUGUACCUCAGAUUAUGAACGACAAAGCCUAGACUUUGAUAGACAUAGUUCUGAAGAUGAGUUAGUGACAAUUAACAAAGAAAAUGUAGCCGAGAAGCGUAAAUGGUCACAGGAUCACUGUUCCGGAUGUUGUGAUAGCUCCUCGGAUGAUGAAGUAAAAGAAUUCCUCCUAAAUCCUCAGCCUGUAUUACUGAGUUCAACCCCGCCGAAAGGUGUUCAACGUGUAAAAGUUUAUACUCGCUUUCCCUCUCAGAGACAGGUUCUUGCACGAAUGGCACCAAUAACGGUGUCGUCAGUGUCGCCGCGUAAAAGGUACAGACAAGCUACCUCAGAGAAUGUUUAUGAAACAGAAUCAGGUUCACUUACACAAAGACCAUGCUUGGACUUUGAAAAAAUGCAACAGGUACAGACCUUCGUUUGACCCAGAGUAUUGUGUUCAAAUUUUCCACAAAAAGAAAACUGAGUGUGACAAUUUCUCUGGGCCACUCUUAAUUUAUUUGAAGGAAAUUAUAGUUUUUGUGUAACACUGAUGGAACGGUUUGUAAAGUUCAGUGAAGCUGAUUCUUAAAAUCGCAGCUUUUAAUAGGGCAUGUGGAAUUUAAUCAACGUAAUCAUUUACAUUUGAUUCAUUUGGACCAUUUUAUCAUUUUUUUUGUAUUUCUACGCACCAGAUUGAUAUAUUUCAGAAAACUUGGCAUAUUAUAAAGGUGGCAAACAGAAUUGUCUAUCUCAUCAAAAGCUCUUGUUGAUGCUUAAAUUUUGUUAAACUGCAUUACAGUGCUUACAGUUUCCAGGAGUUAAGUUUAUGUUGAGAUAAUAUUGAGUGUUUUUUUUUGUUUUUGGGAGAGGAAACAAUAGUUAAUAUGAUGAAGUAUUGGUAUUAAUGUUUUUGUAUUUUUAGCAUUUUUUUCCGUGUUUAGCAUGUGAUAAAUGUACAAUUAUUUUCUACAUGAAGUACUGUGCAUACAAGAUGACUUUCAUUUGUAAAAAAGGAGCUACCUCAGGGGUGUGAUGAAUGUUGUAUAGUGUGUUAUAGAGAAAAGGAUAAUUGUAAGGGCAGCAUAGACAAAACAAGAUUCAGUUAUUCCAAUAUGUUAUUUAUGAAGGCAAAUUUGAUUCCCCAGAGAUAAAUGUUAAUGGGAAAAUGUAUGAUGAAUGGAUGGUAGUGCUAGAUAAAGUAAUAUUUUCAUGACAAAUAUUAAUUCAGGGACAUUAUUUCAAUUAUAUGAAAUAUAUAGUAGUGACUGAGAUAAAUAGUUGACUUGAUUAAGCAGGAUUUAUUUCCAGAUAAUAACAAACCAGUUUCCAUUUUCUGCUUCAUUCUCCGAGAGACUAACCUUUCAGAAGAAUUAUUAAUAAUAAUUAAAUUUUUUCUUUUAAAAACAAUUAGCAAAGUUAUUAAUUAGAUCCAAUUGUAUAAUGACUUUCAGGUCUUUUUAAAUGCCAAUUGAUUAGAACAAUGUUUUAAGUUAACUGUAAUUUUUGCUUAAGACUGACAAAUCAAUUUUUUUGUCCUGGCAAUGUGCCCACUGGUUCUUGAAAUAAUGCAUGGAAAUGGAACUUUCAGGCUUUCUUAGGGGACUUGGGUUUGUUCUCUAUCAUCUGAUCUGAUAUACCAAGCUAAACUUGAUUGGCAGAAAGCCUAAAUUUAGCAAGAGUACAAACAGUUUUCUAUGAGACUGACAACAAAAAAAUAUCUAAUUCAUAGUCUGCUUUUGACUAGUAAGGUGUUUUGAGUUCUCUGGUGUGAGAAGAAAAUGAUAUUCAGACUCUGUUUAUCUCAUAUUACAUGAUUUACAAAUUGGCUGGUAUCAGAUCUACCAGUUUCUAUAAAUAAAACAUGGGUUUAUACUAUGGGUCAAUAUGUAAUAAAACCUGCUUAAUUCAAUCAAUAAUGUUUCACAUUGACUUUGAUAAAACAAUUUAAUAAAAAGAUUUAUGAUUAUAUUGGAAGUGCAGAUGUCUUGAUGAAGAUUCAGGGAUGUUGACUUAAUAUAGAAAUUGUUGAGAGCUUUAAAAUGUUUGUUUUUCUCUCUCAAUUAUUAAAUGAUGUCAUAUUCAGGGAUUUAAAUUUGUUUUUAAAGAAAUAUUUUAUUUGAAAAAAAGUUUUAGUUUGACUUUUGAAUGUUGUUAAAAGAUAUAGAUACUGUACCAUGUAUUUUGAAUUCAAUUGGCAGGCAUUAUGAAGGUGGAAACUGUAGUAUGACAUAAAUUUGAAUUUUCUUGUAACUUUUAUCUAAGUGUUGUUGUAAAAAAAUUCAAUGUAAAAUUUUUAUCUUUUUUUUUUAGAAAUAUAAGCAAUCUAAUGUAUGCUAUCAAUCUAAAACAUAAAAGUAUGUGGGGCAUAAUGUAUUAAUAAAGUUUGUUUGUGGGGUAUAAGCUUGGAUAAAUGGGUGGGGGGGAGUAUUGUAUAUUGGGAUAUAAAGAUGGGGGAUAAGCCUGAGUAAAUGGAUAGGGUAUAGAUAAUGGGGAAUAAGCCUGAGUAAAUGGGUGGGGUAUUGUGGAUAGGGGUAUAAGCCUCUGGACUCGGUAUAAGCUAACCUGAAUAAAUGGCUGGGGUAAUCUGAAGAAAUAGGUUUGGGUGCUGUUUAAGGCCUAGCUAAUGCUUUCUGUCUCUGGGCUUCCUAUAAUAUUCCGCACAAGUUUUAUCUUUUCAAAAUAACAAUUUUUUAAAGUAUCAGGGGAGGUUUAAGCUUCAUGUAUGACAUGAUAUUGAGAUGAGAAGCUGAGUUACAAACAUUUUUUUUAAUGAGAGAAAAAAGUGAUUCCAGGUCAGAGCUUUUGCUUAAAUGUAUUUGCUCCAAAUCUAUCUUUUUAUCUGCUACAGCAGUUUAUUUUUAUUGCCUCAGAUAUAUAUAUAACAGAACCUGCCUUUGAUAGAAAAAUAUUGUAUAUAGUUUUGAAAUAUGUAAGUAAAACUUUCAGGUCUGUAAAGAACAAAAGGUGAUAAGAGUUGCUAAUGAAAUAUGAUACCUUUGCUUCGUAUAUUGAGAUCAAUGUGCUAGAUAUAUUGUUAAAUGUUGUUCCAAGUUUUGUGUAUAUAUUUCAACUUUCCUUCACAAUUCAGGGCAUUUUUGGUAGAUUUGUCUUUAUCGAUAGAUAACAUUGCAUUUUACAUGCUAUUUCAUACUUUGUCUCUAUAUGUAUGAUAAUAGAUGUAUAUUAAUAUAUAUAUAUAAAAAUCUUUAAAAAAAAUAUAAAUUUAAACCAA